AUGAGCGCUUACCAGGGCAGUAGUGGAGACAGGUCACUGGGGCCAGAGGCCUCCAGCCUCGUGGAAGACACCGUACAGGAAAAACAAGCAGCCAGCCUGGCUUCGGCCAGCCUUCAUCACCUUGCCUAUCCCCUGGGCUCCUGGAAUGACGACCUCGCCCUUGACUUCACCCCGCAGCCCGUCGGCCUCCCGUUUGCCCACAUCAAAGGCUCCUGCUUCCCGAGUGGGAGCAAGUGGAGCCACGAGUCCUUCGCUGCCGUGGAAAGGCUUGGAACUAGUAACUCUCAUGCCCAGGCGCCAGAGAAGGUGACCCUGCUGGAUGGCACCCGUUUUGUGGUGAACCCACAGAUUUUCACCGCUCACCCAGACACCAUGCUGGGAAGGAUGUUUUUUGGACCGGGAAAGGAGUACAACGUCACGAGGCCCAACGAGAAGGGAGAGUAUGAGAUUGCAGAAGGGAUCAGCGCCACUGUGUUCCGCACGGUGCUGGAUUAUUACAAAAGUGGCAUCAUCAACUGUCCGGAUGGCAUCUCUAUCCCAGACCUCAGAGACACGUGCGACUAUCUGUGCAUCAACUUUGACUUCAACACCAUCCGAUGUCAGGAUAUGAGUGCUUUGCUGCACGAGCUGUCCAACUACGGGGCCCACAAGCAGUUUGACCACUACCUCGAAGAGCUGAUUGUGCCCAUCAUGGUGGGCUGUGCCAAGAAAGGGGAGCGAGAGUGCCACAUUGUCGUGCUCACCAAUGAGGACUCGGUGGACUGGGAUGAAGACCACGCCCCCCCCAUGGGAGAAGAGUAUUUGCAAAUUCUUUAUAGCUCUAAGCUCUACAGGUUCUUCAAGUAUAUUGAGAAUCGAGAUGUUGCUAAAACAGUAUUAAAGAAACGGGGCCUGAAAAACAUUCUCAUUGGGAUUGAAGGUUACCCUACCUGUAAAGAGAAAAUUAAGAGACGCCGGGGCCGGUCUGAAGUCAUCUACAAUUACGUGCAGAUGUCGUGGGAAAAGGAAGAAGGGAAGUGUCGCCACGUGGAUUUCCAGUGUGUUCGAAGCAAAUCCCUCACUAACUUGGCAGCUGCUGGAGAGGGUGUCCUAGAGGACCAGGUGCGCCUAAUGCACCACCCACCCCAGGUGGACGAACCUGACCGGCUAAAUGCCCCGCUUGCUCAGAUGGCUUCUAACGACUCUCAAGAUUAGGGUCCACAAGGUCACCGUGCCGCCUGGAGCUCUUGGCUGGGAUACCCGGCCA